AUGCCCGGACAUCUUGGUCAGAAGAUCUUGAAGACCUUUGGUCUGGACGAACCGAAGCCGCGCGAGGCGACGCCUACUGGAGAUGUGCCCGGCAGGGCAGACGUCCACCACCAGGACGAGCGCAUCCUCUCCGAGUUCGCUAAUAACGGGACCUAUCCGCGCCUCGCUCGCCUGUCGGAUGGCUCCAUCUUGUCCGCGACGACACGCCGCGAAGGGCCCCAGCGUGUGCUCCAAGUCUCCAAGAGCACCGACGGUGGCCAUCGUUUCUUUACCUGGGGUGAGGUGACACGCGGACAUGGCGACGUCGACAAUCUAUACCUGCUCGAGGUCGCGCCCAACAAGGUGCUGGCCGCCUUUCGCAACCACGACUUGGGUCCCCAUGGCCCUACGCACUUCCGCAUUACCGUCUGCCAGUCCACCGAUGGUGGCAAGAGCUGGUCCUAUCUCAGCCAGGCUGCUGAGAAGGCAGCUCCGUUUGGGCUCUGGGAACCGUUUAUGCGCCUUGGACGCGGGGGCGAGGUGCAGAUGACGUUUUCUCAAGAAUUUGCUCCCGAAGACCAGGACACCAUGCUCGUGGUCUCCCACGACCAAGGCAAGACUUGGUCCAAGCCCGUCGUCGUAGCCGGCGCCGACGAGAGGCUCCGGGACGGAAUGACAGGCAUCGCCGAUACCAGAGACAACGGGCAGGAUGCUCUCGUCAUGGUCUUCGAGACAACCAGAUACGGAACGUUCUGUAUUGAAGCUGUUAUCUCGUAUGAUGAUGGUGUCAGCUGGCAGCGUCGUCAACCAGUCUAUAUCCCUCCUCGUGGGCGCAACGCAGGCUCCCCACAGAUUGCUUCUUUUGCAGAUGGCUCUCUGGCCGUCGUGUUCAUGACCGACGAGGAGGUCCAACACUGCCACUGGCCGGGCCGAGCAGCUGUCAAGGCAGUCUUCUCAGGGCCACCGCAGCAUGGAAAGCUGCACUGGACUCCACCGACCCUCGUCGGCCCAGAGGCCAGCGUGUGGCCGGGCAUCAUGGCCAUUGACGAAAAAUCCGUCCUGGCUACUUACGACCAUGGCGGACCGCGAGGUAAACUGAUCACUUGGCACGCAAAAUAA